AUGUUGGAUCUCCGUGGUGUCGAGAAAGGUGCACAAAGCAUUGCUUCAGGAUCGCUUUCGAAGAUGUUAGAAGCGUGGAAAAAGAUUGUGAAGGUUGGGAAAUGGAAGGAUCAUCCAGCGCAGUGGGACACUGGAAUGAUCGAAGAUAAUAGCAUUCAAAGGAGUGAAGGAACAUUAAAUCGGCUUCAAGGCAGAAAGAAAGACAAAGUUUUGCGGAAUAAAAAUGCGCUUUCUACGUUCGGUGGAUCGUUGAAGCUAUCUGAUCAUGCUCGCGGUCCUGACGGCGUGAACGCUCCAUUUAAUUCGAAACAUUACCUGAAUCUCGAACAACAAAAGCUUAUCGAAAAAGCGUGGAACUGGAACAAAAUGAAACAUGACCUCACCGCAUCGAUCACUCCGCAAAAUCAGUAUCGUUUUCUAAAGAGAUGCUGGCUUAACGGUGUCAGUCCUCAUAUUAUUGAGAUGGUGCUGAAAGACAAAGAUGGAUUACUUGACGAUCAACAUCUGGAGAUGGUGGUGCAAUAUAUUGUGCAGUACAAUAAAGCAGUUUAUGCUGGCUUGUUACAUGCAGUCUCAUACCAGCUUUAUUUCGAUACGAGUGAAAUUAUAAUGUUUGUCACGCUAUCGCCCGUCCUUGAUCUUGAGUUGCCCCAACCUCAACCACUGAUCCCCGACGAUGGCUGGGCAGCCGAGUUCGGAAGUGUACCGGAUAUGACGCCUGAUGGAUUCAUUGAAAAAUUGAUGCAAUUGAAACAUGGCAAACCCACAGAUAACAGCUUUAUUCUAACUUACAUGCCAAAGUACGUCUGGUAUUGUGAAAACACUGUAGCAUCCCGAGAUGGACUGGACAAGUAUGGAAUGAAAGCACUUAAAGCACUUUACAGUAGUUCACAUUUGGUAGACGAUGUCAUUCCAACAUUGCUCAACGGAAAUGCUCAGUCAAAAGCAACCGACUCAUUAUUGGUCUCGUAA